AUGGCCAACCAAGCUCAAGAUGUCCAGACCUCUCAGCCUGCUCCCCUCGAGGACGUGUCCCAGCAGAACGGCGAAGGCGUCAAGUCCAACGUCACCCACCCGCCCCCAGAGGACGUCAUCGACCUGACCACCAGCGAGACCGCGACGCCCCAGCCGCCCCAGAAGGACGCCGCCGAGCACACCAACGGCGAGAAGGCCGAGACCAACGGCGCCGCCGAGACCAACGGUACAGCUGGGACCGCCGAGGAGGAGCCGACCGCCGCUGCUGAGGACGCAGCAGACAAGUCUGAGGAGGCACCGGCCGCCGAGCCCGCCACCGAGGCCAAGGGCGAGGAGCCUGCCAAGGCGGAGGGCGAAGAGGCUGAGCCCCGCGGCACCAAGCGCGGAGGCGACGAGGAGGGCGAGAACGGCACCGCGGCCAAGAAGCAGGUCCUCGAGUCCGGCGAGGCCAAGAAGGUCGCCGGCGAGAGUGACAAGGCCGAGCCCGAGGCCGAGGACGUCGACGCUCCCCAGGAGAAGUCGUCCGAGGCCCCCGUGGCGGAGGUCGAUGCCCCUGCUGCGGCUCCUGAGGAGCAGGCUGCGGCUUGA